AUGCAACUCACCGCCGACUUGGUAAUAAAUGCUCCCACGUAUACCAAUGCAAUCAAUGAAAGAACAGUUUCUUUUAGAUCUAAUGGGCUUUUAUCGUUACAAAACCUUGAAUCAUUAGCAGAUGUAUAUGAAUGUAUUGAUUUUACUAAUAACGAGUUGGCCUAUCUCGGGAACUUCCCUUCAAAUAAGACCCUUUUCAAUGCCACUACCUUAUUAUUCGCCAAUAACAAAAUUUCAGAAAUUGAGGAUUCCAUAGGGGAUUAUUUCCCAAAUGUCACAAAGAUAUCAUUAAUCAUGAAUGAUAUUGAGAGUUACCAGGAAUUGUAUAAGCUCCGCGAAUUGAAGAAUUUGAAGAGUUUGGCAAUUCACAAAAAUCCCAUUACAGCUCACCUGGUAGGAUAUAGAUCAUUUUUGAUUUCGAUAUUGCCACUGCUUGAAGUAAUCGAUUUUGAAAGGGUUAAAAAUGCUGAACGUGAAAGGGCCAAAGAAUUAGACAUUGAAAAGAUUCUACUUGAUGACAAGAAGAAGAGGGAAAAUCUGUCACUGGGAAAGAGGAGUGUAAGGGUCAAUAGAGAAAACCUUUCUCAUCAAAAUCAUUCCAAUGAUAAGAAUAAUAGACAUCAAAGAAAUGUGGUGAACAAGUUAAAUGACCUGGAUCGUCAGUUAUUGAAAAAACAGCUUUUGGAAGCCGAAAGUCUAGAGGAAAUUCAGCAGAUUGAAACAAGAUUGAAGCAAGGCUAUUGGUAA